AUGCAGUGGAAGCUGCCCCUGCUUGUGGGGCUCAUCGUGCUGGGAACCCAUGUCUGCAGCUGCAAAUUUGUAGACAUCGAUAAGAACUCGAAGGAUUUCGCCAGUGCUGUGGAGUAUGCUGUGUUUCAAUUCAAUGAGGACCAGGAAGAUGAGUUUGCCUACAAGUUUCUGCAGGUCCACCGGAGCCAGCGCAAGAGAUUGACGCUCAUAUAUUUAAUGGACUUGGAGAUGGGCCGUACAGUUUGUAAGAAACAUGAUGAAGACAUUGACAAUUGCCCAUUGCAAGAAGGCACAGAAGAGAAAAUGUUCAGCCUCCUGAACAGCACCUGUGUGGAGAGAAGGUGGUGA